UUGAGAUCGAGGCGAUGGCUGACGUAGAAGUAUGGCAGACCUUGAGUGCCGAGACGCUUUACCACAUCCCAGCUUUCUUACCCCGCAGCACGGCUUCUUUCCCAACGAUUCAUUCCGCGCAAUUCAGCAAUCCAGCGAGGUGCAACCAUGGAGGCAUACGAUCAAGAACCAGAGGGACAAACAGCUACCGCAAAUUCAUUGCGUAUUGCUGAAUUUGCGACACCAGAUGCCACGAUAGAAUCAGCGAGCGAGCAGGGCGCCGCCGAUGUUGUUGCCUUCAGAUCAGGUCCAGCGUUCGAUACAACUCGUGAAGGUUCGUUCAAUUGCGUAUCUCCAGCUGCCCUUACUGAAACAAGUUCUUAUAGGGCGUCACCCCCAAAAAUCAUUCAGAUGAAAAACUUCAAGCAGGCCAUACCUUCCAUCUAUUCCUGAAGCUGUCACUCGAGCUUCGCCUUCUGAUAUGGGAACAGACCUGGCCGGAGCCUCGACUCAUUGAAGCCGCAAUCUGUGAGGAUGAAACGACCAUAGAAUACGAAGAUGUCGCGAUCCUGCGCUUCGCAGGCUCAUUAUCUACGUUGCUAGAUGUGAACUUUGGCACGAGAAUUAUCGAGCAAGGGCCGGCAGUGUCCUGCCCUCCUCCAGUGUCACUUUACGUCUGCCACGAAUCACGCAAGCAUACAUUGAAGCAAUAUCGGCUUAUGAAGCAUACAAAUGCGAAGGCGGGCUCGUUCUACUUCAAUCCUCGCCACGAUGUUCUCUGGUUCAGUUUCGACUUUACCGACGAGCCUGACUAUCUUCGAGAUCUGCUGCGUUGUUAUGGCAAGCAGCUCAAUGAUAUUGAGAGCGUGCUUGUCGAAGAGGCAGAGUGGGAGGAGUUAACGCCUGCAAGAUACAAGUCGAACUAUCUUUCGCGUCUAAGAGGCCUGAAAAGCAUCACGGUCUUAUUCAGAGAUGACGAAGACAAAGACGAAGAUAGCGUUCAGGAUGUUGACGAGGAGAAUGACGGGGGUGAAAUUGCCAACGAUGAGGACAAUAUGGAGCUCAACAAUAGGCAUGAUUGUAGCGAAGGAUUAGACACUGAGGUUAGAAAGCUUCAAGCGCGUGCAGACGAGCUCAAGGGGGAAUACGUAAACCUCUCAAGAAAUCAAUAAGGGACAGCGAAGGAUUUCCGCUGCAUGGAUCGUUGUGGCACGUUCUAUUGAACACUUGUAUGACUUUUGGCGCAGUAGGCACGAGGCAACUUACCUACGGUAGGUCAGAAAUAUCCGUUAUAUUCUGAUGCUGUCGAGGUGCACAGCUCUUUGGAAGCAAGAACGACGAUCCGAGCUCGGAUGAUCCGCAGGAAGUAGACUCAGGCGUCACAGGCCAGCACAUGGAUGAUCUCAAAGGUCCAAAAUCCGAAUGAUAGAUGAUAUAUAAUGUCGAUUCGAAAAUUGUGACCCAUUUGCCACUUCCUUUUACUCUUUUGAUUCUUCGCUGAACAGCUACAAAAACCUCAUUCAAUCUGAUCUGAUGAUGUGGAAACCUGUGUGGUAU